AUGGAAUCCGCCACAUGGCCGACGGUAUGUCUCGACUUCGCCCGCCGGGAGAUGAUCAUCGUGCCCAUACUAUCCUUCGUGUCCUCUCUGGUGAAAGGACUGAGCGGCAUGGGAGAGGCCCUCGUCUACGGCUCCGGCUGGCAGCUUUUCGCACUCGCUGGCUACCGAGAAAUGGACGAUUUGGGCCUUCUCGCAGGUCUCAUCUGC